AAUUGCUGCAUUGAACGGCUAAGGAGUUUGCUCGUUCAAUCGAAUGAUUUAAAUGAUUAAAUGCCUGGUGGAAGUAAGACAAAGGGAACUUGAAUUUAAUAGUUGUCAGUGUGAAUGGAGGAGGAGCGAUUGCUGUGUAAGUUUCUCUUUGGUAGUAAUGAGUUAUUUGCUGUUGAUCAAUCCUAUCAACAGGUGGAAUCUUUUAGUUGUUUAUUUAAAAAGUAUCCGAUAAGUAAUUGAUUCGCGAUAACAAGUACUUGGUAAUAUAAGUACUUAAGGAUUAAGUAGUUUUGUUUUACUGUAAAUAAGUUAAGUGCGAUGUCUGAGAUUGUUAAGUCCCCGCAGUUUGGACAUAAAUCUCCGGUUGAAGAUGAAGAAAAAAUAAAUAAACCGGAACAGCCAAAAUCAGAUGAAUUAAAUAAUAAUAAUAAUAAUGAUAAUAAUGAGCACGUUGUUAUUUAUCGCACCACGAGUACACAAAAUUCAAAUAAAAAUGAUAGUUUUGACAUAAUUGAGUUGCCUCAAACAUCAAAAGAUGAAAUGAAUGGAAAUUUAACGGAUCCAAUAACCGAAAUUUUAGUCCCAGUAAAGUCACUGGAUCCAAAUCGGUAUGCGACGAAGAAAACGAUCGCUCAGGGAAUGCUCGAUAUUGCUUUACUGACGGCCAAUGCAUCGCAAUUAAAAUAUAUUUUGCAGGUGGGAAAGCAGCAUGAGUUUUACACGUUGAUGCUGACACUGAUCUGCAUAUCAAUCGGACUCCAGGCCGCCGUGGGCAUACUGUUCAUCGUGGUCGGCGGAUUGGAUAUUAAUCGACGCAGGGAUCAGUGGGCCGCUAAUCUCAUUAAUGACAUCAUACUAAUAUCAGUAUUUGUCAUCAGUCUUACAAAUGUUGUUAUUUCUGGGUUCGGUAUGGAGUUCAGUAACAAACCAUUGUCUGAGCUUGUCGCUUAUCGUAGACAUAGUAUUCUUAAUGACGUUGAUUACGAUACUAAAUAGCUAAUACCGACAUUUCAUAAUUAUCUAUAUACUUUUUAAUUUUUCAUUUAAUUUUUAUCUUAGAUAUAUCAAUCACUCAAAUUUUUAUUUUAUUUUUAUCUUAACGUUGUUUUAAUUUUUCGAUUGAUUUAUCUAAAUAAUUAUUUAUUUAUUUUAUUUAUUUAUUUAUUAUUUAAUUUUUUUUCUCGCCUUGUCAUUACAAUCAAUGGACAAAACUUAAAUUAAAUAAAAAAAAGAUUGCUCAAGGACUAAUAUGUCUACUGUUAGGUUCAUCGUACAAUAUAAACAAAGAAAAAGACCACAGAACCGCAAAUAUAUGGAACAAUGUUGUUUUGUCAAUGAUGAUGUUAACAGUCACUGUAAAUAUUAUUAUUUCAGUGU